UGUGUCCCCUGCAGCGUCCACGGCCAUCUCCUCCGGCCGAUGCCGGCAUCCGGCUUCCGUGCUUCCGUGUUCGGGACUACGGGUCCCUGUGACGUCGGGAUUGCCAUGUGUAUAAAUUUGAAAUUUUUUAAAAAAUGACAUUUUUGCUGUCAUUGCUUUUUCACUGCAUUUCACAUACAUUUUGUCCCCACUGCUUUGUCCUGUGCCCUGCCUGCAUUUUGACUGUUCUUUCUGCCUGGAAACUUAGAAAAGUCCAUGGCGGCCAAAAAGCGUCCCCUUACGUCAAAAGCGGUUUUAGAACAGCGAUAGUAAAUCAGAACCACUUGCAGAAUUGAGUGAUAAUGAUUUGUGGGGAAAUUCGUCAUCAGACACUGA